UGCCAAAAAUAGCUAAUCCGCUUUCGACCAUUGCAUUAGAUCACUCGCGUUUGGAUCAUGUUAGAAAAUAUGAAAUUUCCUUUCAUUUCAGUUAUGAUAAGGUAAGUGUUUUAUUGUCCUACUGCUAGUGAAAAAAGAGGAUUUUGAGAUAACGAUUGAGUAAAUAUUGAGCUUUAACGUCAAUUCAUAAUAUGUACACAGCGUUGAUGCAUGUGUGACGAAGGCUUGCUGUGUUAAUAAUCGAAUGCACAUUUUAUCGUGACAGUUUUGUCUUGUGAGGAAUGGCAUGUCAAGGACAAAAGAAGUGAAUCGCAAUUUAAUUUAACUUUGGAGUCCAUAAAGGAAAAAUACUUGGUUGUUUUUAGGCAAGUGAUAUCCGCACGGCGGCGAACGACGUGUCAUGUCUGUUUCAAAUUCAAAGUAUUUUGCUCAAUGUUUGCUAAUGCUGUCGUCCUCUCUGGUGGUCUUGAUGAUCUUGAUGAACUUACUUGAUCAUCCGUUAAUACUGUUAAGUCAAAUGAGCGCUUAUUCGCUUAGUUCCGCCGUUUUUGAAACUUCAAAAACCGAAGAAUGGUCUGGAAAUUAGAAAUUCAACUCAGCUUAAUUGAUAUUCAAACAAUGUCGAUGUUAAGUUCGAGCCUGUCAUGUUUUGAUAUUUAUGAUUAUGCCAUCAAAUCUAGGUAUCAAGUAGGCUUAUAUCGGUCUUCUCGUAACUUUUUCUAGCAAACAGAAACCUUUAAGCUCUUAACAUUUCUAUUAUGUGGUUUUAUGGUUUAUAAUUUGUUUAUUGGUCAAUUGAGAAUAAAAUGCUGGAACUCCCGUUGAUUUUAUUUACUUAGCAAAGCUCAUAACAAUUAUAAAGGUAGCAGUGAUGUAAACAUGAAACUUCCGAACAUAUUGACAAGCUUUAUUACGUACAUUGUACGAUGUGCGUAAUAAAGUACUCCCUGAUCGAUUUUAAAUCAACAUGAGCCGAAUAUAUAUAUAUAUAUAGCGGCCUCUAUUCAACACUGCGUAACAACCAAGAUAUUCAGCUUAAUUUAUAAUCAUCAGUUCAUUAUUGUGUCCCUGAUUGGUGGAACACUCGUGCUCGGCUAGAAGAGUUUGACACUUUUAUUUAAAAUUAAUAAAGGUUACUGUCAGUAAACAGUCUGAUCAUGUUGUUGCAUGUAUGCUCUUUAAUGACUUUUACAAAAUAAAUAAGCUUAUAUAAUGUGUCCAGGGGUUUUUUUUCCAUGGUGUGUGAACUUUGCAUAUUCAUAUAGCUUUAAUAUAAAAAAUUGACCUUUUUUGGUAGCAGGCGUGGAUCUACACUGGUUUCCACCGUUUUACAGAAAUCAGCCAGAUUUUUCUUAAUAGAUACAUAUUUUUAAUGAAAAACUUUUGAAGUUGCAAGGCUUCAUCCAAGGUCAAUGGAACUGGCCAAUAUCGACAUCAAUAAUCCUGUCUGAAUGACUCGAAAACCCAGGAAAGGGGACUUUGGGGAGUUAAAAUCUAAAAAAUUUCCCAGGGCAGAAAAAAUCUAUUCUAGUCGUGAUCCGUCCACAGUCUGGUCAGGAGCUCUGAUUGGUUUAAUACUCUUACAGCCUUUUUUUGCAAAAUGACAGAAAAAUACAAUGUACAGAUUUGAGCUUUGCUGGGGCCAAAGUUUGCAGCAAAACCAGGUACCAGGUACUCAAACAAAUUUGCAUCUGGAACAAAUGACAUGUACAUUAACACUGCUAUAAGGCCAAAAUGCAGACAUCUCUUUUGCAAAACAUGCCCAGUGGUGGGGAGUGAUAAGAGGCAACUAUACUUGCAGGACCAGAUCAGAACUACACGUAGAAUCCUAUAUGUCCUCCAGACUGAGCCAUGCUGUCUCCUUGCCUGCUCCACUGUUAGCAUUGGAACCUAUUUCAUGACUGGAAAGUUACCUGAAGUUCAAUAGAGUACUAAAGUGUGAUGUCAUAAAAAUGAAAUUUCUGAAAUUAUGGGAUUUGUCAGGAUAUUCUGAAAGAACAAUGUCCAAGAGGCCUACAAGCCAAAAAUGAGCAUUUGGGGGCAAAUUGUCUCUGAGAUCGUAGCCCAGUUAUGCUUACAAAACUCCAUACAAACCCAUCUAAAUUUUUUUUGGGUCAACCCAAAAAAAAAUUAGAAGGGUUUGUAUGGAGUUUUCUGAGUAUAACUGGGCUACGAUCUCAGAGACAAAUUUGCCGCGAAAUGCUCAUUUUUGGCAAGUAGGCCUCUUGGACAUUGUUCUUUCAGAAUAUACUGACAAAUCCCAUAAUUUCAGAAAUUUCAUUUUUAUGACGUCAUCACUUUAGUACUCUAUCGUACAGAUGUGCCAGAAUAGCUGGCAAUGUAAAAAAGAAUGAACUGUCUUCUGGCAAUAUCAUUCAGUGAUAUAAGAAUAUAGUAUAAAACUGUCUUAAAUUAUUGUCACUAGUAAUUAAUCUAUCCCAUAGGAAGAAAGUUAUUGGUAACUUGCAUUUCUUGUUCAUAAUGCAUAGAAAUUAGAUAAAUCUUCCAGAUCUCACUCGUCAAACCAAUGGCACAAUACAUGCCCUUCUUUUUAAAAUCAAUAUUUUUCACCAAACAACAAUAAACCCAGCAUCACAAGUCAUUUUAAUUAGGAAACAGCCCCUACAUGUGAAUCCUUCAGUAUUUUUUUUUCAAGAUGUUAAAAUACCAGCAUUGAAACAGCUGUGUGAAGAGGCCCACCGAUAUAGAUAUAACCUAAGUAACUGUAAUAAAUAUUGCUUUUAUAGUCAUAAAAAUAAUAUCAUUUAUAUUAGUUGCUAAGUUUUUAAUGUCAAUGUAAGAAAAAUAUGGAAAGUACUCCUUCUUGACUGAAUUAUUUCAUCUGAACACUAUAUAGACCACAAAUACAUAGUAUCAAAGCUGUUGAUUAUUAUUGACACAAAGUAAGAUCCACGUUAUGGGAGUAAGCUUAUAAUCCUGGCAAGAAAUUAGUUAUUAGUGCUACAUUUUUUUGCACUUAAAAGGUUCAGUAGUUGGUUCACCAUAACAAUAUAGCAAUCCUUUACAAUAACAUAUUACAUUAAAACAUAAUAAUCACCUUUUAUAUGUAAUAAUUUUGCACAUUAUUAGUUGAAAAAGAUUGUGUUUUUAUGUUUGUGUAUGCAGGGUCAAAUAGAAGUAUUUAUUCAAUGAUUUAGUUGAAAGGAAACACAAGAUUUACACAAGAGAUGAAUGUUGAAGAUCACUGGGAUGAAGGAACUGACAAACCCUAAUGACUCAGAUGUUGAAGGCGUACAAAGGAAAUAUUAAAGCUGGAAAAUCCACCAAUGCAUCUUCUCACAGUAAUCAAGAGUCUUAUGGAAUUGAAAACAGUCCACACAGGUAAAUGAUCUGUGUGAAAAUUUGUUUUUCUCUUCUGUUAGUGAGUUAAUGAAGUAAAUUUUCUGCUGUUACAAACAGAUUCAAAACCUGCAUUGAGAGUGCUAUGCUCAAUUGUCAUGCAAUCCAGCAAUGGUGGUUAACUGUGAGGCAGUUCUCUAUAUGUUAUAAUUGGUGAAGACCAUUAUUGUAUGGGCCAAAAAAUUGCCAUCUCUCCUUGCUCCUCAUCGCUAAGGACAUUUCGCCACCAGAGACAUCUGGCACCUAAGCGGCAGAAAUUCCAUACUGAUGAAAUCUGUCUGGAAUCUGGUCAGGAACUCCGAUAAUAAUUAUUAUUGGUUGACAUAAUAGUUACCCUAUAUUGUUUUAGCUCCGAAUGACAGACCAUUGACAAAAGGCAGGCCACAAAGGUCAAAUGUAAACGCAAUGAAUCUAUUGCAGUUAAUAUUCAUGGAAUAUAAUAUUCUUCUCUAGAAGAAGCAUUUGAGUUUUGCCAGAGCUUGUUUUUGGAAGAACACAAAGCUUUACCAUAAUCGAGUAGGAAAAACCUAAAAUCAAACAAAUUUACAUUUGGAACCCUAUAACUACUGGAUUAAUAAUAAUUAAUAUUAUGUAUUGAUGUACAUCAUCAUAGUACAGAAUUUCUGUCACUGAGGCUCAGAGAAAGGGAGAAAUGCUCCCUAGCGGCGAGGAGCUAGGAGAGAUGAGUGUUUUCGCAGGCUUAAGUAGACUAGUGGCCUUUUGUUCCCACUAGUCUGACUUGUGGCUUAAUGGUGUAGAGCGUCUGGACUUCAUGUAGUGACCAGAAGGUCAUAGGUUAGUUAAUGCUUCCUGCAUGAUCGCAGUGCUCUGAUUCUCUUUAUUACAAAUUUUUUCAUUAUAAUUUUAUCAAAUAUGUUCUGUAUAUAUCAAACACAGAUCCGGAAAACGAAGAGAUCUUAUCCUCACUAAUAUCUUAGAAGAAGGAAGUACAGUUGAUGAGCCACGGAGCUUCGAACAAGAUGAGAGAUACCUGGAUGAGUGUUUGAAAGUGCUUGAUGGAAAUCUUGAAUCACUGCAGGUACAUCAUACACGUACAUGAUUGCAUGAAAAAAAAAGCAGUUUAUAAUACCCAAAUCAGUCAGUUUGAAUUAAUACCAGUGCUUAAAGGGAACCUCCACUCUUACUACAGAAUAAGUUUAAAUCGAAUAAAAUUAUGUUGAUAAACAAAUUUGUUCGAAAUUUGUCCUUAAAAAAAGUGUUUAUAUCAGGAAAAGUGAUGUUACGGUUGCUCUAUUGUUCUGACACAAAGAGCUUUUGUUUAAUAACAAUAGGGCAACCGUAACACUUCACAAUUAUUCAAGAUGGCGACGCCCGCAAAAUUUGAAAACAAAAAAAAGCGAAUCUAAAAGUUAUUUCUUUCGGAUACAAACGCUUUCUUUAAAAAUAUUUUAGAUUGACUUGACUGUAACAGUUAUUUCCUGUGAUUUAAAGUUAUCUUUUUGUUGACGUGGAGGUUCCCUUUAAAGAGACACAGUCAGCCAUGUGACCAUGCUGACCUGGACACUACUUUUGUCAGUUUGAAAAGAGUUUACCUCAGCCCGAAAUCAAAUGAAUGCAUCUGCUACAUCUAGAAAUCCACUUCAAUCUUGCCUAGUGUUUCAUUCGAUCCUUUAUCUUUUACAGAAAACCUCUUUUUGACAAACUUUAACUCAUCCUAUUACAUUAUUUUAUCAUAUCUGGUUAAAAACAGUAUCCAAAGAAACAUGAACAGCCGGGCGGAAGAAAUCGCUUUUGUUUACCAAAAUCACAAAAGAAAUGAAUCAAUAACACUGGCGAGCAAAUAAUCGUUAUAUGUAAAAUCGAUCGAAAAGGUUAACUAUGUUUGGAAAAUCAAGCUCUUCGAUCUUGAACCUUCAACAAUGAUCCAUGCCAACUCCGUGUCAUUUCUCACCUCUAUUGAUGAUUGAAUUCAGAAGUAUUCAUUGAUGUUUGGCUUUUCCUGGAACAAAUCCAUCGGUGAAUUCUCAAUGGUAUAUAAACAAUGUGUGAUCUGAUGUGGCUUAGGGUCUGUAAUCAUGAUUUGGGCUUGUAACUAGUUCAACUCUCCAAGGUUUGUUUUGAGUAGUCCGGACCGAUAUGCUUCUCGCUUCCUGUUUCACAAGCGCGUCUUGUGACACGCAAAUCAGCUAAGAAAUGGUAUCUAAUGCACAUGUGCAUCAGCUAACUGUGUCCCUUUAAUUACCCUUUUUAUAAUGAUGCCCUCUGUUGCUUUGUUGAUGGUUUCUCUUCCAUUUUGCAUGACAACCUUCCCAGGGAGAGUAUUGUAGAUGGAGCCUCUUGUAGGCAACUCACUUUCAUCACCAGCCCUGACAGAUUUUGACAGUGUUCAUUGAUCUUGCUACUUGAAAAUCAAACUGUCUGUGAUCCCCUUCUGGUGAAAAUUGGAUACUGCAAGGAUAAGACAAUUUAUGUUGUUCUUUCCAAUAAUGUUAACAUUGAAAUACAGUUAAUACAUUGUAUUUGAAAGUCAAAGUCAGUAUUAAUUCACUGUACGUCAAUUUUUUAGAUAUAGCCAAAUUUUGUUCUUGAUGGAUGUUGACAUUUUUAAUUUAGUUUUUAUUGUUUUUAUAAUUUUUUUUGGUAGCUGUCAUAACCAUCUUUCUCAAACUAAUGAUAUCAUCAUAUAGGUAAUAUCAUGUUGUCAGCAGAUCUAUUUCACUCAGAUAUAGGGCUUAAAAUCUCCCCAGAUGAUAGUAGAACAUUUUGGCUCACUUUCGUGUGGUUUAAGAGCACUGCUGACCUUUACCAUGUGGGCUUAAAUACCUGCUUUCUAUUCUCAAGCAUUUGCAACUUUGGCGAGUUCUUUGGUUUGCUUUCUUUGUUUUUAACUUGUGACACGUUUUUUGUUGAGCCCAGUAAAUGUCUCUGGACAAAGGUUUAAUAUAAAGUUUGUUUUUUGUUUUGUUUUGUUAUUACUAGAGUUCAAGUUUUAUCCAAGUGUGUUUUUAGUCACAGUAUAAUACUCAUUAAUUUUGUUUUAUCUCUUGUUGAUACCUCGUUUUAAAGGUGGAGUGUGAUUUAGAGGAGUAUGACUUUGAUGACUACAACUCAGUCGCCAGCACUGCAUCACUUCUUAACAUCCCAUCUGAGUUAAGACAAGAAAAUGUCAUCACAAGGAAUCAUUCAUAUCUUCCAACCAAUCAGAAUGCAGCAUUUCUGGCAUCGCCACCCAAUGGCACUGUAAAAGAGAAUGCUGUCAUUAAUGGCUCAGAAAACUCGCCAUUUCACCUGAGGGAGAAGUUGAUGAGAAUGUCCAAGAUGCAGGCAUCCAUUUCCAAGGUGAACAACUGGAGUAAGUUUGGUUUGAGUGGUGCACCAAGCAAGGAUGAAUGGAGAGAUGUUUUCUUGGAUGCUGCUCAAGAUGGAGACUUGAAAAAGAUGGUAAUUAAGUUACUUUUUAAAAAAUAAUUUAACAUGUUAUUUUAACUAGAUACUGUUACCCAAUGGAUUGAAACCAAGAUAAACCAUGCCUUAUUUCAAUGAGCUAUAAAAUACUUGUAUAUGAAACCAUAAAGUCAUUAUUUUAAUUUUAAAAAAAACUGAAUUAAAGUGCAGUUGGUCAAAUAUAAAAGUCAAAAGGCAGCGUUGAUUAAAAACAGUCAUGAUGACAUUAAUGUACAUUUAUGACAAAGGAAAAAAAAGUGCAUUGUUCAACGAAAAAAAAUUAGUUUCAAACCAAUUGGUACAAAAUGUUUAUAAACCUUGGGGCCCUCAACCUUAGAAAAGGGCAUGAUAAAACUUCAGAGGCACAUGGUACUCUUGUUAUCCAAUUCCUGGAAUAAACCCGAGCUAGAAUAAAAAGCUGCUAUUUUCUGCUGGUUUCUGGACAGAACUAAAGAAUUCAAAUGCACUGAAACUGGUCAGUGUUGACAACCACGUGCUCAGGAGUUCUCCCGAUCUUCUUGAAAACUUAACACCAAUAAAUUUGCUGCACUCCUAAAUAGCUACUUUGUCUCUGUAAAUGGCAUAUAAUAUUAUUAUUAUCAUCAUUAAAUUAUUUAAUAAAUUAUUAUUGUGACUAUCAAUAUUAUCAUCUCAAUUUCUUUGACCAGCAAGAGGCAUACGGCAGGCUUGGUGGAACAAGUGAAUUAACUAUCAGAUUUACAGAUUCUGAUGCCAACACAGCAUUACACAGGGCUGCUGAAGCUGAUAACCUUCCAUGUCUUCAGUGGCUUGUCAGACAGUUACCAAAUGACUGUUUGAGGAAUAUCAUCAACCAUGAAAAUCUUACUCCUCUUGCUGCAGCACUCAAGGUAAGAUGAUCAGAAAAGUUACUGUUUAGUAACAUUGUGGUUUACUUACAUUUUGUAUUGUUAUUGAUGGCUUAUUUCUGGUUGGAGUUAUUAUGUGAAUGUAUGGGUGGGUGGGUGGGUGAGUGAGUGAUACUACACCCUGUUAGCAGAGCUUUUGUUUCGUUUCUCUUCUUGAGUGUAGAGGAGAGAAGGAGGGUUUACCUGAAUCACGUCAAGCCUUUGAAGUCAUUGAAGCCUGAACUUCUCGACUACUCAAUCUAGUUGUCUCUCUUAAAACUGGUUUUCAGAAUGUGUGCAUCCGUUAAUUGAAAAACCAAUAUUAUAUAUGGUCAUAACUAUGCCUGCUGCACAAAGGACACAGCUAUCAGGCCUGAGUUUGAAUCUGUAUCCCAGCAACAAGUAGCACAAUGCUCGACAAAGAUCUUAUUCAAUUCAUGCAGAAUCUUUCUCAACAUCGCUCGCCAAAGUCGAGACUGAUAGCGAAAAAAAUACUCUGCUAGCAGGGUGGUGUGCUACUGAGCCCUUAUCAAUUAAUAAUGUAUUCAGCUGCAUUUUGCAGCCCUAGCCCUAUCCUCCACUUGUAAGCCGCACUCCCUCUAUCCCAUGCUACACAUAACUGUAAACAGACUCCUCACACCACCGUUCAAUUUCCCAUAAUAAGCACCUUAUGCUAGUGGAAACCUCUGUAUUCUCCUGGCCAGACUAAAAUUCUUGAAACCAAAACUCUUCACAGCCAACAUACCCACCUAGCCUACACUGUACGUAUGACAUUACUCCUUCUCCCACCCUUUCCUCAGGGGGUAGAUUCAUCGUUAUUGCACGUGAACUUUUACCUAUCUCACAUUAACCUCCUCUACUUAGAAUGGUAGUGUCCAGUGUGCACAGUGGCUGCUUGAAGACACCUCUGCUGCGGAUGAAAUGGCAGAUGUUACCAGUGGAUUUGCAUUGUUUCACUUGACAAUUCAAAAUGGUCAAGAUGACUGCCUUAAGUGUCUGUUAGCAUAUGUCAAGGAUAAAUACUUGGAACUUGGUUAGUAACCUGAGUAGUGUGUUUUUCUCUGCUUGGCAUUAACCUGUUUACGAUAUUGUUUUUUUCAAAUAUGAUAAUAAUUAUCAUCAUCAUCAUCAUCAUCACAAGCGGGGGGGAGGUAGCCAGAGUAGCUCUGAACGUCUAUAAGACAAAUAUUAUGCAACUUACCGGCGUUUUAUCUCCAGUCCAGUGUAUAAGUACAUCUUCACUGGCGGUUGAACCCCGGUUUUAGCGGGACGAAUUUCGCCUUCUUUUUAUGUGGGAAAUCUAGUCCUGUUAGCGCGAUGAACAAGGCGAGCUUUCAAGUCAUCGUGGAGCUGCGUGGAGUGUUCAUGUGGCAGAAUUCCUCACCCAGUUACCGAGAUCUUUGUCGCCUUUACUGAUGAACACAACAAUGUUUUUCAAAGGAAAGAGCGGUGGAUGUCGAAACUGAGCUCAUAUGAACUGGUUCUAAAAAUACUUUUUGCUCUUUCCUCUUCCAGGUGUCACAGAUUCCUCAGGUGUCACACUCGCUCACGUUGCAGCAAGAGAAGGUCACCUGACUUGUAUCCAGACUCUUGUCGAUCAUGACAUUGACGUCACUAUUCCAGACAAAGAUGGCCGAUCUCCCGCCGACUAUGCAUACUCAGCUGGUCAAACCAGUUGUGCCCGGUAUUUGGUGAUGGAAGAAUCAUGCUGGUUACUUUCCGUGCGAAUAGCGAAGCUUCACAAAGAACUCAAAGAUUGCAAAGAAGAAAAUAAAGAACUCAGACAAAGAUUGGAGGCAAGUUGUUAUCUUUGUUGUCGUUGUUUGACUCUUUUAUAUUUGAGACCUUCAGAUUCUAAGACUAGUAUGACUAAGAAAACGAGAUUUUUCUUAUAUAACUAGUGUGCGCGCGUGAACAAGCGUCAGUUUUGGCGGGAAAACGUGGUAGCCGUCGUCCUUCUUCUACGUGUUUAGCAAGAAUGUCGUGCGGAAACAAGUUAUCAAAUGUUUGAACUUCAGUUUUAUGAUCGGGAGAGGGCAAUAAAAAUAACCGUGUCAACUUUUCUGGUGACAAAAAAUUAAAAUGAAGCUUUUCUUGGUGUCCUUUUUGAGAAUACAUAGACUACGAGUUCUUAGUCCUUCGAGCAAAACGCACGAGACACAUAAAUGACCACGCGCGUGACUGAAGGCGCGCGUGCACUCCCCUCACUAAAUCUGAAGAAAAAGAGAGACUGCUCGCAGUCUAGGGAAAUGCACGGAAAAAACACUUCAAGUCAAAUAGAUCUCCUCCUCGCAGUCGUCCUCGUUCUCGAAUCUGAAGGCCUCUAUUUAUGUACCGAGGAAGAAGGCUUUUUUGCGCUCGCACUGGUGACAUACUUGCGUGCUUAUAUCUCGAUAAAGCAUACUUGUGACAUAGGGAGCUUGAAUUAUGAUAAUAUAAUGACCCCGCUCUGGAUCUUAGCCGGUGCGUGUUUCUUUGAGGAUUUUUAUAACAUAAAAUUUGUUGCGCGCAUGGAUAGUUAUCUUGACUUGAAAAGCACCACUGCUUUGCAACAAUCUGCCCCAACCUUUAUUUCGUGUAUCAUUGGUCUUAAGUUCAGCACGUAAUUGUUUAACGAUUUUCAUUACAGGUCCUUGAAAGUCGAGCAAGGUCUGGAAUACCAGACAGACCGGAAGCUGUUGGAGGAGAUCAGGUAAAGGUUGCUUGUGAUCGGGGGAGGGGGGGUGGGAACUCCCUUAUUUGGCCUAUACGAGUAUGUGCCGCUGAACAGGGUAUAGUUUUUAGGUUCUUGAGACUUAGACAAUCACUAUUUAGCGUCUUAGUAAACAGAGUGCGUUUUUUGACCGGAAGACUUUAAAAGAAUGUAAAAACGCAAGUUCCCUGAUAUUAGUUUAAGAAUUAGCUAAUUCUGUAUGCAAAACGAAACGAAUCAGGGUCAUAAAGUAAGGAUUCUUGUUUUAAACAGAGUGGCAAAAUGAGUAAUUUUUGUCUUAAACAGUGUCGGGUCUUGAUGGCUUAGCGGCACAUUUCUUCCCAAACUUCCCUUGAGUGCCGCACCCCAGGCUUGUAAUGUACGAAACUAAGGGUUUACCUGCAAGUUAAGUUUUUUUAGCGACAGAGUUUAAGAAAGUUGUUCCCACUCUAUACUGCAAGCAGUCGUGCUCCUUUCCUGAGAGCCACGCGCGGCGAGCAAAAAGAUGAUACUAUGCAAAUGCAGGAGCCUAUGGGACAUGGGCUCCUGGCGAGAGAGGUAAAGGCGGAGAUAGGAAAAUGGAGGACUCUUAUUUUUUCUUGCUCGAACUUUCGCUGCUUGACCCUUGGGCGUGCUCUUAAUCUACUGUGACUCAAAGGAAAAUGAGAAACUGCUCGCAGUCUGCACCCACUCCCGUCUUGCUCUUGUUGAAGGCAUUUCCUCAAUUUACUAGCACACUCCUGAAAACCCUAACUCCCAGUCCGGUGGCAUCCAGGUUUUAUCCAUGGAUUUUGUUGGUAAUUUUCUUGUUGUCAGAGUGACACUAGCAGCACUGGAGUUACAAAAUAUGAUGACAGACUGAGUACAACAGUAACAGACAGCCCGCGUAGCGAUAGAAGUCGGGCCAGCGGCUCACCCGAUGGCGAAAGUCCAAAGGGAUUCGGACAUGAAAGGUGAAUGAGGACUGUUGUCUAUCUGUUGUCUAUUUUAUCUCAUUGAUCGAAGGUUUAAGAUUUAGACCUAAUGCAUGAGGUCUCUAUUUCACUCCUUUUCUUAUUCCUCCUUUCGCCCAGACCAAAACGAAGACCUGACAAAAAGAGGUUUUCGAAGGCGCUCUCACAAUAAAGUAUUUUGAAAACGGAAGUGUAUUUUUGCGUUUUGGUGGAUAGGCAAAAACGAGGGCCUCGAAAACACUGACAUACACACCACUGAAAGUUAGAACAAAAGCCCGGUAGCAAAAAAGUGUCACCAGAUAGGUGUUUUCCGUGGGCUGGUUUGGACCGUCGAAACUGACGAUGCAAACACUCUGUGACGAUAUUUCAACGUUAUUAUCGCGAUACUUCAACCUGGAACCCUCUUGAAUCCUCCUAUUUCAAGGCCACGGAGCCAUUCAAUGUAUCUUACAUGGACAUGUCAGAGUACUCUAUUAGUGUCCAGUACUAUCUCGCGAUAUCAUUUCCUAAAUCGAUUAGGUCCUGGAGCCGAGGCACGUAAUUCUGAAAGGUCCCAGUUUGCUCGGAGGAUCAUAUCUUGUUUGUUUUUUUCAGGGAAGAAUUCUGAAUACUGUUUUGUCUCAGUUACAAACUAACUUUUGCUCUUUUGUAGAUCUGCGUACCAGUAUCACUUUAACGGAUCUGACCAUAACUUUGAAAACAGGACACCUCCCAGCAGGCUAAGCGGUCAUGCAAUUUCAACUGUGAAUAAGGAGUCUGAAGUGAAAAGUGCGCGUCAUUUUGAAGCCCUGAAGAAACAAAGGGGACUGGGAGCGAGGGGAAGUAUUGAUUCUACUGGCUCGGGUUCGUCGUCUCCAAUGUUGUCGUUGCCUGAUACACAUUCCGAUAUGCAACAAGUUAUGGCGUGAGUAUGGCUAAUCGGUAUAGUCAUAGCCUACGAGCAAGCUCUCUGGGGCGCUCAGGUGGCGGGGCGGGAAAAGGAAGGACAGCUUGCUCUGGAAUUUGUAUUCCACUCCAAUUCUUUCGUGGCUCCCCGUCGACUGAGAUGUCAGAUUUUUGUGAAUCACUCGCGAAGCGGAAACGAGCGCGAAUGUAAACAAACAUUGAAAAACACGUGCCAAUGGUAAUGACGUCAUUACUAAUGUCAUCUCCGCCAAUCAAUAUUUCGCGUCGACUUUUUCGAUGCAGAUGUUCAAAUCUAGAGACGUAGUUGCAAGCUCUCCUUCCUUUUCCCGCCGCGCCGCCAGAGCGCCCAGGAGAGCUUGCUCGCAGGUUAACGUAUAGUCAACAAAUCGAUCGAUUAUGUUUGUCAUUGUAAUUGUCAUUACACUUAUUAAGUUUUACUCCCUGUAAUCACCAAGAAAAUAGCUGCAGUUAUUUUCUUCGGUUAUCACAACAGGAGCAGAAAAUAAAAUGAAGCGAGCAGAAUUUGAGGAAGCUUUUAAGACGAGCAAUUCCCAUUAACUGUGAUUUUUGUUGAGCAGUUGAGCUGAUGGCACAGUAUAAUUGCGUCAUUUUUUCUCAUUUUUACUAACUUUCUAACCAAAUCGUGUUGCUGAUUUCAGGAGACAGAUCGCUGCCAACACGCGCAGACUGGUCAUGUCUAAGCAUGCGCAAAAGGUUCAAGAAUCACCGCUGAUCAGAAUCAAGCCCAUAACGGAUAUGAGUGAUGUUGUGCCUGUAGAAGAACCAAGAAAAGGUACCCUGUGGCUUUCUCACUCCUAAUCAAAAUAAUAAGUGUAAUCCGCGUGACAUCAACAGAGUGACUACAUCCUCCAAAAGAACGCUUGGAGGCGCGAACAGUAGUGUGCGCAGCAACAAAUUCGAGAAAGUGAAGAAGGAUAAAGGCAAACGCGCAGGGAUAUACCCUUAUCCCUUCUUUUUCUCCCUUCCCUUUACAGAAAAGUUCCUUUAAGGUGAUGUUACACGGGAAGAUUUGCAACACAUCAUUGCAACAUUGUUGCGACAUUGUUUCGAAUGGUUGCAACAUUGUUCUAAUAUUGCUACGCUGUGUUGCGUAAAAGCUCGUCGUUGCGAAUUGUUCCGUGUAACAUCACCUUUAAACUCUUUCACUCCCGGAGAUGGCCAAAGGCCAAAUUCAAGAGGAAUCCUCGUGAGUGAAACAACAUGACAGUAACCUAUCUUGAAAAUACAAAAUACCCGUGUGAAGUUAAAUAGAAUCAAGUCCAUACUUGCUCUAGGAGUGGUAGCGUUACUGAUAGGGGAUGAUGUACAUGGAUAUUCAAAAAAAUAUUUUUUUGUGUGAAUUUGUUAAAACAUGGCCAAUAGGUUUUCGCUGCAGCCCGGCUCUAAGCCAAUGCUGUGCCAAAGCUUUGAGGGGUCUUUCCUUCAUGGCUGGUACAGGGAGAUAACCCAGGGACACCCCUGACAGUGGGUGGGUGGUGGGUUGUAGGGCAAGAGCAGUGGAGUAGGGAGGGGCGCUUGUCACUGACAUUUCAGUGUCACGCCUUUUUUAAUUCUUUUUUGUGGCCCGACCCAGCUCAAUCAGGCUUCUUUUGAUAAUGAUUUUCAGGAUAAUUGCAUAGCUCAGGGGGGUGAGCUGACGGCCAUUUAGUCCCUUAGGUGGGGAGGGAGAAUCCUUGGUGCCAAAGACCAAAUUAAGAAUGGCUUUCCUCACGGUUUGAUUCUUUUUAUCCUCCAGUUCCCAGUCUCCAAGUCAUUCAACGUGAUAUAUUUUACUCCCCUUCAUCCUCCCGCUCCCAUUCUCCUGCUCGGACAGAUUCCACGUCAGGAAGCCGACCGACUUCCGGCACUCCGGGAAAGUUGAACGAGGUAAACAAAAUGAAGACAAACAGAGCCAAACAGGAAAAGGGAACCGCCCGUGAGGACAGAGCAGGGACACCUUCGAGGUUAAGGUCGCUUGCAAACAGACGUAAAUUAUCGCCCUUUAGUUCUGACAGCACGCUUAGCUCAGAAAGCGAUGAUGAACGCAAUGGUCAGCGGAGUAAUGGACCCCGAUAUCGCCGAGGAUUUAAUUCAGCAAAUCGAACGAAAGAAAACAGCGAAAAGGCAGCGAUCUCAUCGACGAAUGUACCUGAACAAUUGUCCAGCAGGGAGAUUAGGACGAAGAAAACUGUUUCGUGGAAUGAAUCGCUUAAAGUCAACACUCCAACGAAUUCAAAUGAACAAAAUCCUGAUGAAAGACCGCGUGUACCUCCAAAACCACCUGUAAGAACAGUAUCGCUUGAUAAUGGUUUUGUAUCGACAAACGCGGGUGUUGUAAGGACAACGUUGCGUGACAAAGAUACUGUAAGAAAGGAGCCCCUUGAUACUCAUAGGCUUAGAUACUUACAAGUUUCUAGAAAACCUCCGCAUCAUGGUGUCAACGAAAACGUGGAUAAAGUGGUCGUACCAUCUCUUACAGUGCAACAGCCAGUCGAUUCACCUUCGGUAAGUUGAUUCCAGGGUUAAAUGAAGACUACUUUUUAUUCCUUUGAGAGUAAAAUAUCACGUGUAUGGUUGAAAACUUAUUAGUAGUGCCUCUCUUAGCAUAGCAGGGGAAGUAAUGGGCGCGAGAAAAAACGUGGCGCACGAGGAAGAUUCGCGUGGCUCCCAAGCGCGCUCCGUUUUUCCGUCCGCCCAUGACUUCCAAGCGCCUGAAAAAAAAGCAGGCGGGGACAAAGCAACGGCGAGCGCCAGUUACUGCGGGCCCAACAUGCAUAGGACGUUUUUUUUUUCAAGGUUAGCCUCAUUCCAAAUUAAAAUAAUAACAGAACAACGAAUAGGUUAAAAGAACUCAAGUCUUCAUUCAGAGGUCUUAGGUAACUUAAAGCUCGGCUGUGAAACGCAGAAAGCAAUUCUUAAAAAUAGAUUUCUUUUUGUGUGUGGGUAUUUUUUUCUAGAAAGAGUAAAUGAAAACGUACAGGGGUUAUUAGUCUUGAAAUCAUCUUUAGUUAUUUGGGUUAAGUUAGGGAAACAUUAAAAUAAUUUGAUAUCGUUGCCUUUUGAACAGGGCCCAUCAGGGAUCAACUCCUUAUAUUCAUUUGAUGGUUAUGAACAGGACGACAGACCAUGGUAUGAAGCGCAGUUCAAUUUUCCUAUACAUUAUCGAGGCAGCUAGUAUUUGACACACUUUCACAGAGUUUUUAAAUAACGCGCAUAGAUUAUAUUACCGUGGACUGACGCUAUAGUAUUUUGUGCAAGCAACUUUGCUGAACCAAGAAAGAAUAAUAUAUGGUACUUAUCUUAGGUGUUGGCCGGGAUGUGUGAAUUUUUAAUCGAUUGUUUGAAACGUCAUCGGGACAAACAAGUCAACGCGCGACCGCCUCAAAGCAAAAAAUGCAGAAUAUUGUAAUGGCGACUGUUGAGUUCUCUCUUGACAACACUGAAUUUAUGAACACUUUCUUAUUUCCGCCCCUAAUUUCUCGUGCGCCUGCCUCGGGCUAAAGACAACGUCACUGGUCACAGACGAAAUUGGAAGUUGACAUCUGAUUGGCUGAGGAGUGAAGGUUGCGUCACGCCAUUGCCGGGAAUGCUGUAAGGUAAAAAGAGAUUCGCUGCUUGUGUGGCAGAUGCGUGUUGGUUUUUAGGAGCUCUUCAAAAAGCAAUCCCAGACGAAAGUACAGCAAGCAUUUCUGGGGAAUACGAACAUAUUUAUGCCUUUUUUAAGCAUAUGGUGGUGUGAAUUAUCUCUGGACUUAAAUAAUAUGGCUGCAAAAAUGCUGUUAAAUAGCUUAGACUGGUGUAGACUCAACUGAAGACAACACCAACUCUACACAAAAACGUUUCAGGGUACCAGCCUGGUCACACUUCUUUUGACUUUUUGCUUUUGCUUUUUACCUUAGGUAUGAAAUCGACGAGUUUGAUUGACGUUCGACAGUAGCACACAAAAGCCGAUGGACCAACCUCACUCUGGGGACGCGGUUGCCGAUGGAUUGGACUGGUGCUCAGAAACGUUCAGGUUUCUUGGCGGAGCGGAAGAGCGGUCGAAAUAUAUCUAGCAAGUCCUGUCAGUGGCACUCCCUCUUGGACACUCACUGUUAGAAUGACUUUUAGUAUGAAAUGAUAACAGUUACAAAUGAAUGUAAAUAUGAUGGUUUCGUUAACUUAUUCUUCAGAGGUAUAAUAUCUUGAUUGUAAAUAAAAU